AUGCCUGAGCCGACGGACCCUCGAAUCCUGGAGGGCGCUCGAUACUGGCAUGGCCUGCUCACCGCUCGACCCUCUUACCACGAAGCGAUGUGUGAGGUUAUGGGGACCUUCUACCACAUCCAGGCAGCACCGCCACCGCAGUUCUCUUCACAAGAAUGGGAUAAGCUGGUGGCAAGCCAGUUGGAGAUGAUGCACAUUCACGCACAGGCCGCAUACGACCGCUACGUGACUUCUGUCUCCCUCGAAGCCAGCUCAACUGAGUCCGGCUUGACCUCACUCCAUUCGGUGUCGGCUGGCGCGUAG